UUCUUCUCUUUCUCUCUCUGAGCUGUAACUGUAGUUUCUGCUGUCACAGCUUCAAACUUGUAUUGAAAGCAGAAAAACCAAACCAACCCAAACCAACCCAAUAUUCUCAUAUUCUCUCUCUCUCUCUCUCUCUCUCUCUCUCUCUCUCAAUCAUAUCAUGGAAGAGACAGAGGAAUCCACCAAUGCUAACCAGAAAUUUACCACCAAAAGAAGGAGCUUCAGGAAUGGAGCCAACUCUCAUGAACAUCAUAACUAUCAGCACCAUCAGCUGCUACAGUAUUCAAGUCAACUUGGGUUCAUCAACAACCAGAACAAGUAUCAGAGGUACUACCCGGCUCUUCUUCCUCUACCUUCUCUUAUACCUCUGCAACAACUACCUUUGACUCCACCCUUCCCUCAAAACCAGAGCAUCAAAUCCAAAACCCAUUUACUGAAACCUCCAUGCAAACUCAAUAGUUCUCCAUCCUCAGAUUACAAGCUCUCUGAACCAGCUCUUCCUCCUGAUUCAGCUCCAAAGGAGCUUCAGCAGCAAACUAAGGUGUCCUUUAAAGAAGAUGAUGGGAAGAGACUCAUUCCAGCAAGGAAGCCACAGGAAGUAAUUGUUGCAAGGAGGCCAGACUCUGGUGGCAAAGAAGGUUCUGUGAUCCAUCUCCUUGCCAACCACUUUCUGGUACAAUUUGAUUCAUCACAAAAAAUAUAUCAUUACAAUGUUGAAAUUACUCCUCAUCCUUCCAAGGAUGUUGCCAGAGUAAUCAAAGAGAAAUUGUUAAAUAACAAUUCUGCUUUACUCUCCGGUGCUAUGCCAGCAUAUGAUGGUAGAAAGAAUCUUUACAGCUCAGUUGAAUUCCAAAAUGAUAAACUUGAGUUCUACAUAAGCCUUCCAAUCUCCACAAGCAAACUGAGAUCACCUUGUGGAGAAAUGCUUGACUUGAAAGAGAAGCAUGAACAGCUUAAACUGUUCCGGAUAAAUAUCAAACUAGUCUCAAAGAUUAGUGGGAAGGAGUUAACUAACUACCUGAGCAAAGAGGGUGAUGACUGGAUUCCACUUCCACAGGAUUAUCUACAUGCUUUGGAUGUAGUUCUGAGGGAAAGCCCAACUGAGAAAUGUAUACCUGUAGGGAGGUCAUUCUAUUCAAGUUCAAUGGGAAGAAGCAAAGAUAUUGGUGGAGGAGCUGUUGGACUGAGAGGCUUCUUUCAGAGUCUUCGACCAACCCAACAAGGACUUGCUCUCAAUGUGGAUUUCUCAGUAACUGCUUUCCACGAGAGCGUAGGAGUGAUUCCAUACUUGCAGAAACGUCUUGAGUUUCUUCGAGACCUUUCUCAAAGGAAGACAACUCAAUUAACUAGUGAAGAAAGAAAGGAAGUGGAGAAGGCAUUGAAGAACAUCAGGGUCUUUGUUUGCCAUAGAGAAACUGUUCAGAGAUACCGUAUCUAUGGUUUAACUGAGGAGGCUACUGAAAAUCUUUGGUUUGCCGACAGAGAUGGAAAGAAUCUGAGGCUGGUGAGUUACUUUAAAGAUCAUUAUAACUAUGACAUUCAAUUCAGAAAAUUGCCUUGCUUGCAAAUCAGUAGGCGUAAACCUUGUUAUCUCCCUAUGGAGCUUUGUGUGAUCUGUGAAGGUCAGAAAUUUCUUGGGAAACUGUCUGAUGAUCAGACAGCAAGAAUACUUAAGAUGGGCUGCCAAAGACCAGGAGAACGGAAAACCAUCAUUGAAGGAGUCAUGAGAGGAACUGUUGGGCCUACCAGUGGUGACCAAGAAAGAGAAUUCAAACUCCAAGUCUCAAGAGAAAUGACAAGGUUGACUGGUAGAAUUCUUCUCCCUCCCAAACUAAAGCUUGGAGAUGGAGGUCAUGUGAGAAACCUAACCCCUUCCCGUCAUGACCGCCAGUGGAACCUUCUGGAUGGUCAUGUCUUUGAAGGAACUAAAAUUGAAAGGUGGGCACUAAUAAGUUUUGGGGGCACUCCUGAGCAGAAGUCCUAUAUCCCCAGAUUCAUAAGCCAGUUAUCUCAAAGGUGUGAACAAUUGGGCGUUUUUCUUAAUAAGAACACAGUUAUUAGUCCUCAGUUUGAAUCAAGCCAGGUUCUUAACAAUGUCACCCUUUUGGAAUCUAAGCUCAAGAAAAUCCAGAGAACUGCCUCAAACAAUCUCCAGCUUCUUAUUUGUAUAAUGGAGAGAAAACACAAAGGGUAUGCAGACUUGAAAAGAAUUGCUGAGACAAGUGUUGGUGUUGUAAGCCAAUGCUGCCUUUACCCAAAUCUCAGCAAGUUAAGUUCACAAUUUUUGGCUAAUUUGGCCCUCAAAAUGAAUGCCAAAGUUGGUGGAUGCACAGUUGCCCUAUACAAUUCACUGCCUUCUCAAAUACCACGUCUCUUUAAGAUUGAUGAGCCAGCUAUAUUCAUGGGUGCUGAUGUGACACAUCCUCAUCCUCUUGAUGACUUCAGUCCAUCUGUUGCUGCUGUUGUUGGUAGCAUGAAUUGGCCAACAGCAAACAAAUAUAUUUCGAGAAUAAGGUCUCAAACACAUAGACAAGAAAUUAUCCAGGAUCUUGGUGCAAUGGUGGGGGAAUUGCUUGAUGAUUUUCAUCAGGAAGUAGAGAAACUCCCCAACAGAAUAAUUUUCUUCAGAGAUGGGGUUAGUGAAACUCAAUUUUAUAAAGUGCUGCAAGAGGAACUGCAAUCCAUCAGGUGUGCAUGUUCAAGGUUUCCAGGUUAUAAACCUUUCAUCACUUUUGCAGUUGUGCAGAAGAGGCACCACACAAGGUUGUUUCCCUUUGAAACCGACCAGUCUUCCUCACAAAACCAUUAUUUUCAUGAGAAUAUUCCUCCAGGGACUGUGGUUGAUUCUGUGAUCACUCAUCCAAAGGAGUUUGACUUCUAUCUCUGUAGCCAUUGGGGUGUGAAAGGAACAAGCAGGCCAACUCAUUACCAUGUCUUGUGGGAUGAAAACCAAUUUACUUCUGAUGAACUCCAGAAGUUGGUUUACAAUUUAUGCUAUACUUUUGUUAGGUGUACCAAACCAAUUUCUUUGGUUCCUCCCGUAUAUUAUGCCCAUUUAGCUGCAUACAGAGGCAGACUCUACCUUGAGCGAUCAGAAUCCUUAGGUUUGUUCAGAAGUACUUCUACAUUAUCCAGGGCUGCUCCUCCAAAGACAGCACCUCUACCUAAACUCACUGAAAACAUCAAGAAGUUGAUGUUCUACUGCUAGUAAUAACUCUUCUGCCAAUGCCAUUUGAUUUUAGGAUAGUUUAAUUACAUGACCAACCUUGAGAUAUCUGGGACUGUGAAAGAGACACUAGGCAAAUAUCAGAGGGGGCAUAAGAAUUAAGAAAACAAAUGACAUGUCAUCUUUGCAUUUAUCUAACCAAAAAGUUCUCCAUUUGAAGGCCAAACAUGCAGGUUCAUCAGAAUGAAUUUCUAACUGUAUAUUUCUUUUCUAGUUUAAUUGUGACAUUCAUAAGAAUAUUAGUAUACAAGUUUAUAAUUCUUG